UGAACCUUGUUUUCCUCGGCUUGGAGUGAGCGGUGAUUAGGUCCUCCCUCCUGAGCAAGGGAAGCCGCGGCCAGCGGGCAGCGGCAGAGGGCAGACAUGGAGACGACGGCGGUGAGCAUCCGCUCGGCUGAGCCUUCCGAAUCUGGGGUGGGCUUGCGUGUUCUACAUCCAGAACUCUGCCUUUCCUGGAAACGAAGAGGAGAAAAAUGACCAAGUUCCGGGAGGCAGUGACAUUCAUGGACGUGGCUGUGGUCUUCACAGAGGAGGAGCUGGGGCUGCUGGACUCAGUCCAGAGGAAGCUGUACCGAGAUGUGACCCUGGAGAACUUCCGGAACCUGGUUUUAGUGGGGCAUCAGUCCUGUAAACCUGAUGUGAUAUCCCAGUUAGAGAGAGAGGAAAAGCUUUGGAUGACGGAGAUCCAAACUCAAAGAGGCACGCAUUCCACAGAGAGCUCUGCAGCGGGAGUCCCUGAAGGAGACAGGUAUGAAAAUGAGCUGGAGAUUCUUCAUGAAGCAGGAGUAAGGUGCCUUUCAUUGGGAGGGUAUUCAUGCUGGCAAAUCAAGAGACAUGUUGUGAGUAAAUUAACAAAAAGUCAAGACUCCAUGAUACAUAUUGAAGAAAAGAUGUUCCCCAAACAACCUAGUUCCCCCUGUCAGGUGGGAAUGGGAAUAUCCAUGCAGGCUGAUGUAGAAGACAGCUGUGUAAUGACUCUUACAGAGAAUCAUUCCAUUAUUAAUGAAAAUCAAGGAUUUCCAACAAGGAGAGCUCAAAAUUCUUGGAAUAAAACAUAUCUGAACGAGACACAGAAUUAUCAGGGAAGUUGUAAGCAGAUGCUAAUGAAAAACAAGUUCUGUGUAUUUGUUCCACAGGCUAACAUCUUCAGUUAUAAUUCUCACCCCGCAGAUGAUGAUACAGCACACAAGAGAGAUCACGCUCACAGUAAGAAAGAUUGUGGUGAGGACAUUGCAAAGGUGUCCCCUCUUGUCCAGUUCAGUGUAUUCCACACAGGACAGAAAACCUACCAGUGUAAUCAAUGUGAAAAAGCAUUCAGUGAUGGCUCCAGUCUUGAGGUCCAUCAGCAAGAACACUUGGGAAAGAAGUCCCUUCCACAUACUACACAUCAGGAUACCAGGUUCAACUCAGCCAUUCCUGUUCAACAACACAUUCACACAGGGAAAAAACGCUACUGGUGUCAUGAAUGUGGAAAGGGUUUUAGUCAGAGCUCAAACCUGCAAACUCAUCAGAGAGUUCACACAGGGGAGAAACCGUAUUCGUGCCUAGAAUGUGGUAAGAGCUUUAAUCAGACCUCCCACCUUUAUGCUCACUUGCCUAUUCACACAGGAGAGAAGCCUUAUAGAUGUGAAAGUUGUGGGAAGGGCUUCAGUCGUAGCACGGAUCUGAACAUUCAUUGCAGAGUUCACACUGGAGAGAAACCUUAUAAAUGCGAGAUCUGUGGAAAGGGCUUCACUCAGAGAUCACACCUUCAGGCUCAUGAGAGAAUCCACACUGGAGAGAAACCCUAUAAAUGUGUAGAUUGUGGUAAACGCUUCAGUUGUAGUUCAAAUCUCCAUACCCAUCAGAGAGUGCACACUGAAGAAAAACCAUACAAAUGUGAGGAGUGCGGGAAGUGCUUCAGUUUGAGCUUUAAUCUCCAUAGUCAUCAACGAGUCCACACAGGAGAGAAACCAUAUAAAUGUGAAGAGUGUGGGAAAGGCUUUAGCUCAGCCUCGAGUUUCCAGAGCCAUCAGAGGGUUCACACAGGAGAGAAACCGUUUCGAUGCAAUGUAUGUGGUAAAGGCUUUAGUCAGAGUUCAUAUUUUCAAGCCCAUCAAAGAGUCCACACUGGAGAAAAACCCUACAAAUGUGAGGUGUGUGGGAAGCGCUUCAACUGGAGCUUGAAUCUUCACAAUCAUCAGAGAGUCCACACAGGAGAGAAGCCAUAUAAAUGUGAAGAGUGUGGGAAAGGUUUCAGUCAGGCCUCAAAUCUUCAAGCUCAUCAGAGUGUCCACACUGGGGAGAAGCCAUUCAAAUGUGAUGCGUGUCAGAAGCGAUUCAGUCAGAGUUCACAUCUUCAAGCCCAUCAGAGAGUCCACACUGGAGAGAAACCAUAUAAAUGUGACACCUGUGGUAAGGCCUUUAGUCAGAGGUCAAAUCUUCAAGUCCAUCAGAUCAUUCACACCGGGGAGAAACCAUUUAAAUGUGAGGAAUGUGGGAAAGAAUUCAGCUGGAGUGCUGGGCUCAGUGCUCAUCAGAGGGUCCACACAGGGGAGAAACCCUAUAUGUGUCAGCAGUGCGGGAAGGGCUUCAGUCAGGCUUCACAUUUUCACACACAUCAGAGGGUCCACACGGGAGAGAGACCUUACAUAUGUGAUGUUUGUUGCAAGGGCUUCAGCCAGAGAUCACAUCUUGUAUAUCAUCAGAGAAUCCACACUGGAGGGAAUCUAUAGAAGUGUGUGAUAGCCUUUGGUUAGAUGUCAUCUCUCUGUCCAUUAGAAGGUCUCUGCUGGUAGCUGUGGAAAGUUCCUUCAGAACUCAGAAGCUUCCAGGGACUGUGCCAGGAAAGCAGCUCUAUGAAAUGUUUUAAGAACUCAGUUGGGAGAUGAUCCUUUGUAAACAUCAGAUUUCACACGUAAGAGAAAACUGGUUUUAUAAAUGUGGUGAGUGGUUAAAGCAGUUUUGAAUGUCCCAGUUCUAAAGAUGAACACAACAGAAUCUUAUAUUUCAUUGGAGUCUAUGGAGAAGAGAGGGCUUAUAAAUGAAGAUUAUACACAGGAUUCUAACAAAAGUAUGAUGGACAGAUGAAAUUGAUAUAAACUAAAACAUAACCUCCACAUGCGUGGGGUGUUUUUCACCACUGUUUCUCUACCUUGUAGAACUGCUUGGCAUGUACUAGGUGACCAGCAAUUACUCAACAAAGUGAAGAAAAUCACUAUAGUCAGGAUAAAUGUGUGAAAAUCUAGUCAGUUCCCUACUAUAAAUUCAUCACAGCAUACUCAAAAAGAAUAAUAUAAUGCUGCCAUCCACAAUAACACAAACUAAUUUCAACAAGACUUCUGAAUGGCUCCCAUCCUCCAUUCAGCCUCAUUUCAUUGCUCAGUGUAUUAUCUGUGUGAAAAGUGUACUAUUUAAUUAUUAGUUUGUAUUUUAUAGACUGAAAAGUACUGUGUUUUUCUCCCAUCUAAUUAUGGUGAAUUUAUAUAAUUGGAAAUUUUGAACCCUAAUUCAUUAAGGUACAGUUUUACCAUAACACUUUGAAAAUGUUAAAAGUAGUUACUAAUGACAAAAAAUUUUAGUAAACUUGAAUUGUUAAUAA